AAAGAAGUACACAACUCCCCUUUUGUCUUCUUUAACGACUAUUAACAUACGCCCUUAAAUAUUAUUUAAUUCGUUUUAUUUUACAUUGAUUUAUGAUACAAUUAUAUUUUGCAAACGAGAUAAUUGACAUUCAUUGAUUUCAGUUUAUCUCGUUCUUCCUAAAGAUUAUUAUUAUUACAUUUACUAUUAUUAACUGCUACCCCCCAAUUUCAUAUUUAUUAUAAUGACAUCCUUAUCACCAACAACUCUUUUACUCGGAGAUAUCAUCAGUUCUCCUUCAAAGGCUGAAUCGAUCCUGGAAUCAUUGACGGCUGAACAAAUCAUGAUGAUCGAGUCUACUAUUCAUCGCGUCAAACGUAGAAAGAUGGACAAGUCAAAGGAAGUCAAAGCUUCUAAUCACGCCUCCGCCAUCGCAAAUGCUCUAGCUGCUGCUAUGGUCUCUGCUGCACUUCAAACGAAGACAAAUGAAACCAAGGAGCCAACACCCUCGCCUCCGUCAACGGCGACAACCUCAACUACCACCACGACAACUCCUAGUGAACCCAUCGCAGAAGUCAAGAAUGGUGUGGAAUGGGUCUCUUUUGUUUAUUCUCACAACCGCACCCUUAAGCGCUACUCUAUCAGAACAGAUAUUCAAAAUGUCGCCUUGGAUGCUGUCGAUGAAAAAUUUAAAGCUGAAAAUUGUGUUUAUCCACGAGCUAAUUUACCCAAGGAAACAUACAAAGGCAACCGAUGGGCAUAUGAAACAGAAUGCAAUGAUUUGGGUUGGAAGUUGGCAUGGUUAAAUAAGGAGGAGAUUGCAGGUAAACGUGGCUUGAUUCAGCGUGCUGUCGAUUCAUACCGUAAUCGAUAUCCAAGCAUGCGAUCUCGGCGCGUAGCACGUCAAGAAAAGCUGCUCAAUGGCACUCUCCGUAAGCGAAAGAACAGAGAAGAGGACGAAGACCAAAGUCAACCAGCGACGACUACUCCCAUUCAUCCUCCUCAGACUCUUGAGGCUGCUAUCGUCAAACCUUCGCAUCAGCCCAAGACGAUUGCAAUCGAUGAUCUUGUCAACCACACCCGUUACAGAAUUAAGAUCAACAUCGAAACGAUUUCAUUGGAUGAAAUUUCCUUAGAAUUCAAGCGACAGAACUGUCCUUUCCCAAGAGCAAUUCAUGCAGAUCCGGAUUUGUAUAUCGGUGGACGUCAGAGAUGGGUCCAAGACAAUAUGUUGAAUGAGUUGAGCUGGAAAUUGGCUUAUCUGAAUCCUCGUAUUCUCGCAGGCAAGAAAAACUUGCUUCAACGCGCCUUGGACGUAUAUCGAACCAAGUUCAUGCCUUCACUUCAACCUCGCCGACAGUCAAGUCGCACUCCGCCUUCAUUUGACAAGUCAUCUGUAAUGGUCGAAAAGAAGAAGAAGAAGAAGAGUCAUGACUUGAGUAAUUGCUUCUCGCUGGACGAAGAAGCGGUCAAUAAGAUGAGUUUGACACAUUUGCCACGACAGUCUGAUCAGGAUCCAAUGAUCUCGCCUUCCUAUGAUGAUGCUAUGUAUGCUGAUGCUCGAUUCUCUCCAUUUGAUGAAUCAUGUAAUACAAGCAGUAGUAGCUCAAGCGUAGCCUGUACACCUAGUCCACCUGUAACGGCAGAUAUCCUCGGUUUUACCGAUGUUUAUGAUUCUUUCAUGCUACCACCCGUCAAUGAUACAUUCUUGUUAUUGGAUAACGAUACAAACAUGGGAAUUAAAUGCUAUGAUCCACUUAUGUCACCCUCUAGCCCAGAAUUAGAUAAACAAGACUUUUCAGCGUCUCAUCUAUUAGAUCCUCUCUUUUAAAGAACACAAAAAAAAAAAACGACAAAUACCUUUUGUAAAUACUACCUAUUUAUCUCUCUCUUUACAUUCUUUUCCUCCCUCCUCUUUACGCCUCCUCUUCUCCUCUUUUUACUUAAAAAUUACAUGCCUCAUUUCAAUUUUUUAUAUCUUUGAUAGUUUUGUAAUAUUUUUUUUUGUUUGUAUUCUGUAUCUUAAUAAAAAUAUG